UUUCUUCUCUCUCUAACAGACCCUUUUUCGCUUCUCUAUCUAAAAGUCCAGUCGCCUCCAAAAGUCCAUGCCCCACCAUAACCCCACGGGUGAGAUAAAAUCCUGUCAAAAUAUCGCUCAAAACCUCACUGAGUACCUGAAGCUCACAAAUCCUCCUAUCUGAUUCAUGGAUGUUGCUUCACGCCGUCAAAAUGCGCCGCAUACCGAAAGUAUUCGGGCAUAGCUCGAACCGCAGCCGGGGCGGCGCCGAAUCGUCCGCAGGCGCCAGCUCCAGCUCCAGCUCGAGCAGCCCAGCCGCCAAGACUAAGCCGAAGCUCGACCGGCGCAACGCCAGGAAAGACAUCAAUUACGAUUACUCUGAGCGCACGCGCUCCCUCGAUUUAUACGACGGCAGCUUCCGGAUGGAGGGAGUCGACGGCGAGAUUGAGAUAAUCUGCAGAGCCCUAGGGUUUUCGGGGAUCGACGACUUAUCCAUAGACCCCGAGGAGUACGAGGCUAUGAAGGUGAGAUCUUCCUCUGCACCUGUGGCUUUCAGUCAGGAAAUCGAGCCUCCCAUGGAUAGGAAAACGGAGGUGGUUGAUUUUAAUAUCCGUAAUACCGAGGGAAAUAGCUGUGGUUUAACUAGUGGAAUUUGUGUGGAAAGUGGUGGUUAUGUCGAUAUGGCUACAAAUACGUGUAAUAUUAUUGGUUCUGGAUUUAGGGAUAGUGUGAUGGUGACUGAUGUAGCUUCGAGCAACCAUAACUCGAGCGUUAACUUGAAUGAAUCCCGUGUAAAUGGUAUCAAAGGCGUUCGGCCGCCAACUCUGGCACCGCCGCCUCCAAUGGCGGUGCCUGUGAUUGAUAAAGAGUGCUCGACUUGGGAUAUUUUCAGAGCAUUUACGCCGGAUAGUGGCACACAAGUUUCUAGAUUUGGACUAGGAUUUAGCUCAGAUGAAGAUGGGGAAGGCGUGGAAAAGAAUGUGGAUGAGGAUCAAGUGGAGGAUAGGAGGAGAAGAGGAGUUCUGAAGGAAGAGAAUUGUGUUCCAUCAGCCUCGUGUUCGUUCACGACGAGUUCGAAUGACGACGAUACUUCAAGUACGACGACUGAACCAAUGUUGAGCAUGUCGCCCAAUGGAAGGUUUAGGCGUGUUAUUUCAGAGUGGCAGAAGGGCGAGCUCUUGGGUCGUGGAUCGUUUGGAUCCGUGUAUGAAGGAAUUGCUGAUGAUGGAUUCUUCUUCGCGGUAAAGGAAGUAUCUUUACUAGAUCAGGAGGACGAAGGAAAGCAACGAAUCAUUCAACUUGAACAGGAAAUUUCUCUUUUGAGUCAGUUUGAGCAUGAGAACAUCGUCCAGUAUUACGGCACAAAGAAGGAUGAAUUAAAUCUCUACAUCUUCCUUGAGCUUGUUACCAAAGGCUCUCUUUUAAGCCUUUACCAGAAAUAUAACCUGCGAGAUCUACAAGUCUCUACUUAUACAAGGCAGAUUCUACAUGGUUUGAAAUAUCUGCAUGACAGAAAUGUGGUUCACAGAGAUAUCAAAUGUGCAAACAUAUUGGUGGACACAAAUGGUUUGGUGAAACUUGCUGAUUUUGGUCUUGCAAAGGCCACUACGUUAAACGAUGUGAAAUCUUGUAAGGGGACUGCACUCUGGAUGGCUCCUGAGGUUGUUAGGAGCUUGGGGUAUGGGCUUCCAGCAGAUAUAUGGAGUUUAGGAUGCACUGUGUUGGAAAUGCUGACAAGACGUUUUCCGUACUCUAAUUUCGAAAAUCCGUUGGCAGCAUUAUUCAGAAUAGGAAAGGGCGAGAGGCCAGAAAUUCCGGACACACUUUCGAACGAUGCACGUGAUUUCAUACUAACGUGUCUGCAAGUCGACCCAAGCUCACGGCCUACGGCUGUUCAGCUCUUGGACCACCCCUUUGUGAAGCGGCCCCUCCCCCCACUCUCUUCUGGCUUUACAUCCCCUCAUUUUUCUCGUGAAAAGCACCGAAAUACCAUGAAAGGAGACAGAAACUCGGUUUUCGGGCAUCAAGUGUUCGACCUUCCUGUUGGAACAAAGAUUUUCCCUUCUGUUAAGUGUAAAGUUGAUGGUGUGAAAAUGUAUGCAUUGGGGCUUUGGUUGUGUUUGAAGAUAAAGAAACGUCAUCAGUCAACACAGGUUCAUUCUCGACUAUUGACAACUAACACAGGACGCGAGAAAAUGGAUGGUGGGGUUCAGCCGGCGGACACCGUGAUGUCGGAAGCUCAGCCGCCGCCGCCUCCGCCGCAGCAGCAACAUCAGCAUCAGCAGCAGCCUCCGAUGGAUCACAUACCGGCGACGCUCAGCCACGGCGGCCGAUUUAUCCAAUACAAUAUAUUCGGCAACAUAUUCGAGGUCACCUCUAAAUACAAACCCCCAAUCAUGCCGAUUGGGAAAGGCGCAUACGGCAUCGUUUGCUCUGCUUUGAACUCGGAGACGAACGAGCAUGUGGCGUUGAAGAAGAUAGCGAAUGCUUUUGACAAUAAAAUUGACGCUAAGAGGACUCUGCGUGAGAUCAAGCUUCUUCGGCAUAUGGAUCAUGAGAACGUUGUUGCAAUCAGAGAUAUAAUUCCACCGCCCCAGAGGGAAGCAUUUAAUGAUGUUUAUAUUGCGUACGAACUUAUGGACACUGAUCUCCAUCAAAUCAUCCGUUCAAACCAAGCACUGUCAGAGGAGCAUUGCCAGUCAUGUUUCCUUCUUGCUCCGAAUCUUCUGCUAAAAACUAAAAAGUUACUUGUGUCGCAACAGUAUUUCUUGUAUCAGAUUCUCCGCGGGCUGAAAUACAUUCACUCGGCGAAUGUUCUCCACAGGGAUCUCAAGCCUAGCAACCUUCUCCUGAAUGCAAAUUGUGACCUCAAGAUAUGUGAUUUUGGGCUGGCCCGAGUAACAUCUGAGACUGACUUCAUGACAGAGUAUGUUGUCACUAGGUGGUAUCGGGCCCCAGAGUUGCUUUUGAAUUCAUCUGAUUACACUGCGGCCAUUGAUGUGUGGUCAGUCGGGUGCAUCUUCAUGGAAUUAAUGGACCGGAAGCCGUUGUUUCCCGGUAGAGACCAUGUGCACCAGCUUCGUCUUCUGAUGGAGCUAAUCGGCACUCCAUCCGAGGCUGAGCUGGAAUUUCUGAAUGAAAACGCGAAAAGAUACAUCAGGCAGCUCCCGCCUUACCGGCGACAAUCAUUUACUGAGAAGUUCCCGCAAGUGCACCCUCUCGCCAUCGAUCUUGUUGAGAAGAUGCUCACUUUUGAUCCUCGGCAAAGGAUUACGGCUCACGAACGGAUAAGAACAGCUUCUCCUCACAGGCUCACACCUUUCUGCUUCAAUUCAACAAUGGCGCAAUCCUUAGCUACACCGCUGCUUCCCUCACUCUCUCUCAUCUCCAACCCCAUCGCCAAAACCCCCAAAACCUCUCUCUCCUUUCGCCGGGACACCCCUCGCCCCAAGGUCGGUGGGCUGAGUAUAAGAUGCGCUCGUGUUGGUGGGGUUGAGAUACCAAACAACAAGAGGGUGGAGUACUCUUUGCAGUACAUCCAUGGGAUUGGGCGGACUAGGGCUAGGCAGAUACUCAACGAUUUGAACUUCGAUAACAAGCUGACCAAUGAUUUAUCCGAGGAGGAGCUCACCAUUCUGCGUGGGGAGGUUUCGAAGUACAUGAUUGAGGGAGAUCUCAGGAGAUUUAAUGCGAUGGCAAUCAAAAGGCUGAAGGAUAUACAGUGCUACAGAGGAAUUCGGCACAUUCAGGGAUUGCCUUGUCGUGGGCAGAGGACUAGGAAUAACUGCAGAACUUUGAAGGGCAAGCGAGUUGCAAUUCCCGGUAAAAAGAAGACUACUAAAAAGUAAAAAAAAAAAAUGUCAGGGUGAGUUUUUUAUCUCUGUAAUUUAUGGUUGUGCGUUAGACCUGGAAACCGGUUUUGUUAUUCAUCCUUGUUUAUGGAAUUUGCAUCUUUGUGAGACUUUGAAUCAAUGCCAUGUAUACACGUUGUUUGUGCAUUCAUGUGUUUGUGUAGUUGUUGCAAAAUAUACAAAAAAACUUGCACAUGUUUGGGGGAUUCGGAAUAUCUUAAACCUUUCUCGUUUAAGGGUUAGCCGAGCGGAUUUUGGAUAAUUUGACAAUGUCGAUUCGAAAUUCGACUUGCUGACGUUCGCUAUUAUUUCGAAUCUAAUUCAAUAAAAAAGAUACGUUAACAAGA